AUGAGAGUCUCGAACAAUUCCUACAGAAACAAAAGUCUUAUGAGGUACGUUUUCAACCCCACCCUUUUCUGUACCAAAACCCCAAAGCCGUUUCACAAGCCUUCUUUUUUGUACAAUUUCUCAUCUGGGUCACCUUCAAUUUGCUGUAUUGAUUCAGACCCACUUCAGAAAAAUCAAGUUUUACGCAGUUUCUUAUACGGGCCUCCUAAUCCAUGUUUGUUUCACCAGAAUCAAUUUUUGUCCGAUUCCUCACGUGGGUUAUCUUCAAUUUUCAAUUUUGAAUCGCAUUCGCUCCAUAAAAAACGCUUUUUAUGCAAUUUCUCUUACGUGUCUCCUCCAAAAAUUUGUUUUUUAGUACCACCAUUUUCGGAGCCUUUGAGUCCUUGGAGUUCAUAUAAUCAUAAUUGUAACAAUACAUGCUCAGUUUCUAGUCGUGAUCGUCGUGGAAGCCAUUGUCGGCCUUUUUCUGUAACAUCCUCCCGUGCAACUCUUAAUUUUGUUUCUGCUGAGGAAGAUAUAGUUCAGAGUGUCGGUGUUGAUUGUACUGAUGAACAUAAGCUAGAAAAGAAAAUAGUCGAUGGCAAUGAAAUGAAUGCGCUGCCAAAUUUUGUUUCGGAAAUUGUUGCUAUCAUUGACAAUAGGGAGGAUUUGGAAUCAAGAUUGAGUAUGGCAACCUCAAAAUUUAAUGUCAGAUCAAUUAGCAAGAUUUUUCUGGUUUUGAAUUCGCAAAGAAUAUCGGGAUUGAGGUUUUUUGAAUGGGUUCGGAGAAAUAAACCCAAACUGCAUAUGAAUGCAGAUGUUUGUAGUCUGAUUAUUGAUAAUUGUGGAUGUUUAGAUGAUUACGAAACCAUGAAUUCCUUGUUGAAGGAGUUCAGGUCUGAAAAGAUUUGCCUGAUGCACAAAGCCUUUUGCUUUUUACCCAUUUUGUCUUCCACCAAUGACACGUUAAUGGAAUCCACAGGAAGAAUGGUAAAUUUGUUAAAUGAAGUUGGGGGCUCAUGUCGCAAUUCUGGGAUUUGUUCUUUGAUUGAGAUGUUCUGUAAGUCAGACUUGUUCGAAAUGGCCAAGUAUGUGAUGGAAAUCACAGAGAAGAGAGUUUCAUACUACAAUAUUUUGAUUCGAGAAAAUUGCAGGAGAGAUCGUAUAGAAGAUGCUGGUGGUAUAAUCACAGAGAUGAGAGAGUUGGGUUUUGUUCCUAAUGCCAAAACAUAUAACUACCUUCUUGGAAAAAUAUGUAAAAAUGAUAGGAUGGAUGAUGCUUACAAACUGCUGGAAGAAAUGAAUAAAUCAGGUACCCGACCAGAUGCUUCAACUUUCGAGAUUCUUAUUCAUUUUUUGUGCAACUCUGGCAAGGUAGAUCUUGCAUAUAAGUUUCUUGAUCAAAUGAUUUCUGAGGGUCUUGAACCUCUGCUUAAAACUCAUACUUCAUUGGUCAAGGCUUUGUUCGUCACGGAAAAGUACAAGGAAGCACACAAGUAUGUCGUUGAUUCAAGUGUACAGUAUAAGACAGCAGGCAAUAUGAUUUACAGCUUCCUGGCUAACCUUCAUCGAGAAAAAGGUGAUAUUAUGAGUGCUCAGAAUGUUCUAGUUGAAAUGAUGGAGAAGGGUCUCACGCCAAACUUCAUAAGUUAUAUAAACAUUGUGAAGCGUCUUAAAAUAUCUGGCAGGGCAAAUUUGGCUGUACAUUUGAAGGGCAUGUACUCCAAAAUCGUAUUGGAAGUCCCAUCCAAGACCUCGAUGAGUUAG